UUACUUCCUUGUUCAAAUUCCUUUCUGUCAAAAUGUUUAAGAUAUGGUCUUACUGAUCAGUUUUGCUACUGUGGAUUCAUCGUUGGAUACCACUUUUCGUGGAUUUUAGAUAAAAAGUUAAUGGCUUCAUCAGUCAUGUCCCUUUGUACAAUUUGCCAUGAUGAAGGAAUCUCCAACUCAGCAGUCACAUGGUGCACAGAGUGUGAAGUUUUCUUUUGUGAAGAUUGUGAAAAACCUCACAGCAAGUCAAGGCUGUCUAAGAACCAUAAAACCAUGUCAGCUGAAGAUUAUCAAAAGUUACCAACAUUCAUGCAAGAAAUAAGUAGCCAGUGCAGAGAUCACAAGAAGAAGUUUGAACUAUACUGUUCAUUCCAUGCAUGUCCCUGCUGUGUCCAGUGCAUCACUGAUAAACACAAGAAAUGUCAAGAUAUGAAACCCUUGUCUGAUAUCAUACAGCAAGUCAAAUCAUCUGCCUCAGUUCAACUUUUUGAAAAAGAUUUGACAAAUGUGAAGGAAAACUUAGAUACAGCCAUAAGGUAUUUGAAAACCAGGAUCAGUACCAUCAAUACUCAGAAAACCAAAACUGUUGAGGAAAUCAGGUAUAUGAGGAAGUCGAUCAGUGAUUACUUAGACAAAUUAGAGCAAGACAUACUUAAUGAUUUAGAGUCUAAACAUUCAAAGCUUAAAUCAAACAUGGCCACUCUCCUGCAACAAAUGGAACAGCGAGCCAGUCAGGUAGACCAAAUGCAGAGCCAGUUUACCAAAAUGACGCAAUAUGCCACAGAGCUACAGAUGUAUAUUGGUCUACGAGAGAUUGAGAAAACUACAACAGAAAUGGCAAAAUACAUAGAAGAUUUAGAAGGUGGAGACCACUUCGGUGAAAAGAAUCUAGAGGUUAAAAUUUCAUCUGCUCUUCAAUCAAUUUUAAAAGAUGUGAAAUCGUUUGGUGAUAUCAAUAUCAAUACCACCUCAUCUUCUCUACAAACAAAAGCUGGAAGAAAAGAUCAAGCUCAGCACUUGGUUCCAAAAGUUUCUGGAAUUGAACAAAUAAAGCCAUCCUUGUUGACAAAACUGACGCUUCCAGAAGAUAUGAAGUCUUUAGAAAUAAGGGCCUGUCUUAUAUUACCUGAUGGUAAAUGUAUGAUACUUGAUUAUAACAAAAAACUACUACUGCGGUUCAGUAAUGAUGGCAUCUUCAUCAGAGAAGUAGUUACAUUAACAGGAUAUCCACGUGAUGCUUACUUUGUCAGAAAUAACACAGUGGCUGUCACAUUAGGCAACACCAACCAGACAGUACUGGUGGAUACAGAAAAGAAUACCGUUAUUCAAACAAUUCAACUUUCUCAUGGUUGUUAUGGAGUAGCAAGUGAUGGUACAACUUUGGUCAUCAGUGAUAGUGUCAACCAGUGUACUACAGUGAAUCUGAGUGACAUGUCUCAUACAAUUAUAAAAGGAAUGGGAGAGGUUUGCCAUGUUUCAUUAUACAAAGGAAAUAUCUAUGGGACCAAUGACAAUGAAAAUAGAGUCUACUGCUAUAAAAUUACAGGGGAACCUGUCUGGACAUUUCAGCACCAAGACAUUGACAGUCCAAUAGGAAUUACAUUAGACAGGAAUGGUUUUGUUUAUAUAGCUUCUCCUGGAAACAACAGUAUCGUGGUAGUAUCACCAGAUGGUAAAGCCUGUAAGACAAUACUAUUGGAGAAGAUGGAAUCAAAUAUCCUUGGGCAAUAGACAUCAAUAGAGAAACAGGACUUAUGAUACUGUCAAGUGAAAUAAGUGAAAAUGGUGGUGAUACAUACUAUGAAACAGCUUGUAUUUAUAAAAUCUAAAACAUUUUUUGUUUGAUAAAUAUUUAAAAAAUUUGUAAGGGUUCCGUGGAACCCAGUGUCUCACCUACUUUUGCUGAAAAUCACAGGCUCAACAAAAAUGAAGGGAAAAAAAUUAAAAUAUUCUUCUUGAUACUAUCUUUUGAUUCUUAGAAGCUUCUGUCCAAGUUUGGUAAAAAUCCGGAUAGUUUAUGAAUCUAAUAAAUGUUUAAAAACGUUAAUUGCUGACUGUAUGUAAUGUUAACUGGAAUUCCAUUUAUAAGUAAAAUACAGAUA